AUGCAUGAAAAGGAUACUAUUUUAGAAUAUGCCACGGAAGGUUGCCUCGAGUAUCUAAAAUGUCUAUGGGAAUGGAAUGUGAACUGUCUUUCGCUAAUUCUAGGAAUCAGGCCUGCUCAUCGCCUCUCACUCACGAGCACGGUAUUGUCAGCGCUUCUGAAUCGCAAAAAGAUGUUCAAAACAGAGGACGGGCAUUGGCGUGACUGGAGAGGUAUAUUUCAGCCUAUCGGACUGGAAAUUCAUCACCUAACUGAACUGCAGAAUAACGCAAAUCCUACGAAACGGGUGCUUCAGCUGUGGCAACAGAUGUCGGACAGCACUAGACUUUUGGCUAACUUGAAAGAACUGCAAAAUGUACUUGGUGCCAUCGAUCGCUGGGAUGUAUUGGAUAGCAGCAACAAAUAUCUUGUCGAUGAUGCCAUUUUAUUUUUGACUGAGCGGCAGAAAACGCGAACAGUUGCUGUAGAGGAUUGUUUAGGAUUGGAUGAAGACAUUCUUACAAUCGAUGACACACGCAGUAAGAAACAAAUCUAUGAUGCAUUUGUGCUGUUCGCUGAUGCCGAUGUGGAAUUUGCCACAACGAUGAUUGAACGACUGGAAGAGCGACAUUUGAAAGUUUGUGCGAAUGAUCGAGAUCUCUUAGCCGGUAUAAGUUUCGAGCAUGAAGCAAUUAUUCGGCUUAUAUCGGAACGAUGUCGCCGGUUGGUGAUUAUUAUAUCUGAAGAAUUUCUUAGCAGUUCGUUCAAUGAGUUUUUUGUUACAUUUGCACAAGCGUUGCAAACCGAGCAGAAAAAACGCAUGGUUAUUCCAUGCGUCUACAAACGUCUGCUGCUGCCAUCGAAUCUGCAGCUUUAUUCCACCCGAGAUUACGAACGGCUUAAUAAAUUGUUCAACUUUUGGGAUAAGUUAGAAGAUGCUAUAAAGAUUAGGAAAGAUUCGAAAUCAGCAGAUCAGUCCAUAACAAGUGCUCACGAAUCAUUAUUUGAGAAAGAUGUAAUUUUACGACAACCAGUUGAAAGCAUAUCUGAAACUGCGCUCCCGAACAAACACAAGAAACGGAAAUGGUUUGGACUGCCGUCACCCGAAAGUCGUAAUACGGACAAAAAGAUGGUUGAUAAUCAGAAGAAAAACAAGACGAAGUGGUACAAAUCUAACAAAAAAAUUGCAACAGCUCUGUGA